AUGAUCCCACUUUCUGCUUAUAUUGCCAUGAAUAAAUAUCUUCUUUUUCAAGCUGGCAUUGGAAUGACAGCCAACACAUUCCUCCUCCUCUUCCACACCUUAACAUUCCUGCUGAAUCACAGGCCUAAGCUGACUGACCUGACCACCUGCCACCUGGCCUUUGUCCACAUUGCUUUGCUCAUCACUGUGUUAUUUUUGUUCUCUCCAGACCUGUUUGAAUCACUCAAUUUUUGGAAUGACUUCAAGUGUAAGACUUUGUUCUACAUGAGCAGGGUGAUGAGGGGCCUCUCCAUCUGCACGACCUGCCUCCUGAGCAUCAUCCAGGCCAUCACCAUGAGCCCCCACACCUCCUGGUUGGCACAGUUUAAAUAUAAAUCCACGCAUUUCAUUUUUUAUUUCUUCUUCUUUAUUUGGUUUCUCUGUUUGUGUUUCAGUACUAGCAUGAUCUUCCACACAGUGGCAACUUCCAAUGUGACCCAGACCCGUCUGAUGGUUCUCACUAAGUAUUGUUCAUUUUCCCCCAUAAGCCCCAGCAUCAUGGGUUUGAUGUUCAUGAUGACAACAUCCAGGGACAUUUUUCUUAUAGGAGUCAUGUUGUUAUCAAGUGUGUACAUGGUCAUCCUAUUGCUCAGGCAUCAGAGGAGGUCCCAGCACCUUCACAGCACCAGCCUCUCCCCAAGAUCCUCCCCAGAGAAAAGGGCCACCCAGACCAUCCUGCUGCUGGUUAGUUUCUUUGUGGUCAUGUACUGGGUGGACUUCAUCAUCUCAUCCUCCUCCCUGAUACUGUGGACUUACGACUCAGUUAUCUUGGGUGCCCAGAGUGUCGUGGUCAAUGUCUAUGCCACUGUCAGUCCAUUUGUGCUUGUCAGUUCUGAUAAGAGAAUAGUCAAUAUGCUGCACAACAUUCUAUGGAAAUGA